GCACGCCGACUUGGCUGCGCGGGUAGUGAGAGUGCUCGGGUCUUGCGGAAGCGUGUGGACUUCGCGACGGUCCCGCGGUGACAAAAGAAGUGGACUGAAAAAUAGAUAGCAACAGCAAGUCAGGAUCAACUAAAACUAAAAGCCACGAAGAAACUGAAAUUCAAGUAAUUUCAUAGAAAAGAAUGGUGAUUCAUUCAAAGAAAUACUUUCUAGAUGGAGAAUGAAAUGGUCAUUUACAUAUGGAACAAGCUUCUUAUCUUGUCGAAGACUGCCCCCAUACAGGUUAAAUGGAACACAUCAAUAAGGCACUGGUCCUUUGGCCCUGCUCCAGUGAAUGUCUUUGGAAGUACAGUUGCUAAACUGUAGAGGGAAAUCAUGAAUAAUUGAAAUUCUCAGAUAAUUCAGCAGCUUCAUUUGACCCGGAGUUUCAAUGUCAUCUUCCAUCAAAAAGAUUAACCUUUGCAAAGUCCUUUGUCAGUGUUGUGGAGGACAGGUGGUAAAAGGAAGAGAGCAGAGUGAGAGAUACAAAGUCGGAUGCUCUUCGAAUAGUCCAGAUGAGAGAUUAGUAGGACCAGAAUCAGGACGAUGUCACUUCUUAUAGUUCUUAGGAGAUGGCACACCGUUGUGCAUGGUUGGAAGGUACAAGUGUCCGUUUUUUAUGUUUAUAAACUUUGUUUUGUGUUUAAACAUGUUUGUGUAGAGUAAUGAAAUGUUGGUUCAUACAAAGUUAAAGGAAAGGGGGAAAGUGGAGUUUGAAAAAUUUGAGCCGCCAUUUGUGACUAGUACAUGAAUGUUGCAAAGCUGAAAUGUUUGGUUAGGAAGAGCUGAAGAGUCUCAUAUCCCAAAUUGACUGUUCUCAACAUCAGGAUCAACCAUAAGAUAAGCAGAUGAUGUUCUCGUUUUAGAUUUCUCCUCCCUGUUAUUCCCCUAGUAUUUUUAUCAUGAAGCAAUGUUAAAAUGAAUACUGAGGCAGGGCUGAGGGGGGUGGCUGAGACAGGCAAUCCCAAAAGUAUACGUUAAAGAGGAAACGAAUUGCCUUUAUGACAGCAGAGUGGCAAAGCAGAGUUGAAAUGGGGAAAAAGGCUUUUGGUGGGUUGUGCACAAUGACCUCAGGGCUCUUUUUCAGCACCAUCUAAUAGAUCCCCCCUGCGUGUCUGUCAUCCAGGCCAACCGGAAAUGUCUAGUGCUUUGGGACUGCCCACUUACUGUAGGAGGGCUCUGCUCAGAUUAUUAGACGGAGUGCUUCUGUGAUAAUCACACCCUUCCCUCUGGUAGAAAUUAGGUAUUACAGCCCAUUACUAAUUAUAGGCUAGUGGCUCUGGUGCCCUCCCAAAAGUAAAUUUCUUUGAGGUAGCAGCUGGAAAUUGAGGGUAAUAAAAUAAAUCCAGAGGAGGCUUGUCAAGCUUUUCUGACCCAUAAAAUGAAAAUAAAAUAUCAUACUUUCAUUGAAGUUCUAUGAAAGGAAAGAUUGGAAAGAUAGCUCACGUUGCUUAGUAAAGAGAAUUUUGCUAUCAAAACACCAUCAUAGCCACUGUUAAAACAAAAAUGCAAUCAGGAAAAUUAUUUGAAAUGUUUGUGCUUACUACCGGUUUUCAAAUUAGAGCACCAUGUGCGCUUGGGUUGCCAUUCAGAUUCUCUCUUCCUCUACUGAGUCUCACAAAUGUAGUAACAGAUAAACUUCUUUCUUUGGAAGUAGAAUGAGUACCCCAAAACUGACAUUGUUUUUCUUUUUUUUUGUGAGCCUCAUUGCUUGUGUAAUGCCUGGAAAUCACAAACACAUCUAGUCCAACUUCUUUAUUCCAUAGAUGCUUGUUUCUGAUUUUAAAACUCUCAUAUAAAACAUCUGCUGAGUACUAUUGAACUACCUUAUUUGCAAGUCAUAGUGCCUUAGAAUGAAUGAGUUUGAACACUUAGAGGUCAACUAGGCCUACUAAUUUGUCAUCCCAGCCAGCACCUUUCCAUAACACAUCCUUGACAAAUCUUGUUUCAGCUCAGGUUUUGGUGACUCAGUGCUUUGUAUCCCCUUUUGGACAGCUGGCAUACACAGCCCUUCCUUAUAUUUAUCCCCAAUCCCCCUCUUUCCACUUUCCACUUGCCCAAUUCUGUCUUUUGGAACAAUACAGAAUGUCUAUUCUUUGAAUCGCGCCAGCACAUCAAACAAUUGAAUGGCAGCUGACAGGAGAAAAAGGUUCUCACGGAACACAAACCUUCACAUUCUGUUCUGAUUGCCUUUAGUUCAUCCUUCCUUUCUCUCUCUGGCUGACCGCUUUUCUUCUUUCUUUCCUUCAACUGGAGAAAACACAACCCAAGGGACACGGGUAAGUGCUGGGGUGAGAACACAAAGGGCCUUGACCUCUGCUGUGUAACAACCGCAAAAGGGAAACUAUCCAUUUUCCUUCCCUACCGUCCCCAGCUCCCUUACCGACCUCGCCUCCCAGAUUCUUCCCAUUCUGUGUGUUUGUGUAUGUGUGUGUGCGAUCAUUUCUGAUCGAAUUCUAGCCCCAGCCCUGGGCUCCAUUUUCCAGUUGGGGAAUGAUAGAAAAGAGUGUUUAGUAAGGUUACGUAAACCUCAAUUCGGGAAGAGGAGCCUAGCCCAGAUGCCUUAUCACCAGGUGCAUCCAAGAUCAGGACCAGACUUAACUUGCCAGACACUCGGGCCCACAGCGCAGGGUGAGCUUCGCGCUCCGGCCACCAGGGAGAGCGCGUGCUCGCCGAGCCAGGUGUCUGCGCAAGGGCGUGGGCGUGGGCGUGGGCGUGGACGUGGACGUGGGCGUGGAGAUGGGCGAAAGGCUGCUGGGUCUGUCGUCUGGGUGCCCGAGGGCCGCGCGGGUCGCGUUCCAGGCCAUGGACGACAAGUAUACCGCUCUGCGGCGGGCCCAGCUGAAUCUGGACUUCAUCCACGCCAACUCCACCACUCACAGUUUCCUUUUUGGAGCACUGGCUGAAUUGCUGGACAAUGCAAGAGAUGCAGGGGCUGCAAGACUUGAUGUGUUUUCAGUGGAUAAUGAAGAACUGCAGGGUGGAUUCAUGUUGUGCUUCCUGGAUGAUGGAUGUGGUAUGAGCCCUGAGGAAGCUUCAGAUAUCAUUUACUUUGGAACAUCCAAGAAACGGUUAUCAAGUUUGAAGUUUAUUGGGCAAUAUGGCAAUGGUCUUAAAAGUGGAUCCAUGAGGAUUGGAAAAGACUUUAUUCUUUUCACAAAGAAGGAAGAAACGAUGACCUGUGUGUUUUUUUCUCAGACAUUUUGUGAAAGAGAAGGUCUAAGUGAGGUUGUGGUUCCAAUACCUUCAUGGUUAACAAGAACCAGAGAAUCUGUCACAGAUGAUCCUCAGAAAUUCUCAACGGAAUUGUCUAUAAUUUUUAAGUAUUCUCCAUUUAAAACUGAAGCUGAAUUGAUGCAGCAGUUUGAUGUGAUCUAUGGGAAAUGUGGUACUUUGCUGGUUAUUUAUAACUUGAAGCUUCUGCUUAGUGGAGAACCUGAGUUGGAUGUUAAAACUGACAAGGAAGAUAUACUGAUGGCUGGAGCUCUUGAGGAUUUUCCAGAGAGACGGUCCUUCAGAGCCUAUACAUCUGUUCUGUAUUUUGACCCUUGGAUGAGAAUAUUCAUUCAGGCCAAAAGAGUUAAAACAAAAUACCUAUGUUAUUGCCUCUACAGACCCAGAAAGUAUCUGUAUGUCACAUCUUCUUUUAAAGGAGCAUUUAAAAAUGAAGUUAAAAAGGCAGAAGAAGCAGUAAAGAUAGCUGAACUCAUAUUGAAAGAAGCACAAAUCAAAGGAAACCACUCUGAUAGAGCUUCUUUGUCUUCUCCUGCCAAGGAUGUAUUAUGGAAAGCUUUGGAAGAUGUAAAAGCAAAGCAGAAGAUUCUUCAAGAGAAACGGAGAGAAUUAAAAAAGGCAAGGACACUCACCCUGUUCUUUGGUGUGAACAUAGAAAACCGAAGCCAAGCCGGGAUGUUCAUUUACAGUAAUAACCGCUUGAUCAAAAUGCAUGAGAAGGUGGGCCCACAGUUGAAACUGAAGUCCUCACUUGAUGCAGGUGUGGUUGGAAUUGUUGAUAUACCCUUGGAGUUCAUGGAACCAUCCCAUAAUAAGCAGGGAUUUCUCAAUGUCCAAGAGUAUAAUCAUCUUCUAAAAGUUAUGGGACGAUACUUGGUCCAGUACUGUAAGGACACUGGAAUCAGUAAUAGAAAUCUAACAUUGUUUUGGAAUGAACUUGGAUACCUGAAUAAUAAGGACAUGGAGAAAUCUUCAGAUUCUAUUCAAUAUCAAAGAAGACAGGCCAUGGCCAUCCCAUUCAUUAUUCAGUGUGAUCUUUGCCUUAAAUGGAGAGUCUUGCCUCCCUCUACUAAUUAUCAGGAAAAAGAAAUUUAUGACAUCUGGAUUUGUGCUAAUAACGCUAACCUCUUGGAAAACAGUUGUCAUCAGACACAACGACUACCUUCCAUCCCCCUGGGCACUACAAGCACAGUAUCACCAUCAAAAAAUGAGAAAGACAAGCAACUUCAAGAGUCAGUCCAGAGGUAUCAGAAUCGACUGGAAGAACCUCAUCGACAGCCUCAGUUUAUACCAACAAUUAGGAUCCCUGAGUUCACUACCACCUGCCAAACUUCAGCACCUAAGGGAAAUAUGAAAAUUCAGAGAAUCAGGCCUUCCGGUGAUGACUUGAUGCAUGAGUCUCUUUCAUCCUUUGAGCUUUCGGUCAACCAUAGAGACUGGAAAAGUAACACAGGAGAGGCGGAUUCCGGUGUAGAGUAUGUUUCAGAGACUAAAAUUACGAAGAAGCCUAUGCAGAAGAAAGUGAAACCUCAACAGUGGAGACAUCCAGCCGCCCUGCUGGAAAAUGUCAAACUAGCUGAGAGACCCCAGGCCUCUUCCUGGGAAAUGAAGAGGAAGCAGAGACAAAACCCUGUGCAGGAAUGUAAGGCUCUGAUUGAAGUUGAAACCAGCAACAGCAAUUUGGAUAUAAUCCAGGUUUUAGAUAAAAGUGACCCUGAUGUUUCACUGAGACAAGAAGAAAAGGAAGUUUCUCUUAUGAAUAAAGAAACACAGGAGUUGUGCAGUGAUACUGCAGAAAUAAAGAGAAACCCUUCAUCACCUAACUGGGAAAGGCCAGUGGAAGAUUUAAAUUCAAGUUCUGGAUACGAAGCCAGCGUGUCUGUGAGGGGUGGUUGUAAAGUUGCUUCUUCACUGACAACAUCUUCUCAAAGCACAUCUGUCAAGGAAACAGUAAGAAAACUGACAUCUAAUUUAAGGGAGAUUCUUCUGUAUUUUUUCCCUGAGUAUUGUCUACCAUCAGAAUUUGGCCACACGUCUCUGGAGGAACUUACAGCAAGUUUGGAGCUGGAGCAAUGCCCAGAACAGACAAACAAGAAGCUGAAAAUGUGUUUCAACCAGGUCCGUAAUGUUUACAUGGUCCAAUAUGAAAAAAAACUAAAGGAAACCAUGCAAUCCAUUAUCUAUGAUGCAAACAGAAGAGGAGUGCUUAAUGAAGUAUCCCUGGGACAAUGUGAAAAAAAAAGAAAAAUCACUGAAGACAAACUGAAUAAUCUUCGUGUGAAACUGACAGUAUUAUUGCAGAAACUUCAGCUGGGCGGUCCAGCAGGAGACCUGGAGCAAAUUGACAGUUAUUUAGAAGCUCUGCUUAAAGAAGAUAAUCUCCUUUUUCAGAAGACUUUUAAAUAAAAUGACUGCAGGUACAGGACAUAGUCUCCUUUCAAAAAAAAGGAAAGUACUUCUCAAAAUUAAAAGAAAAGACAUUCCAUUUUUUAAAAUGCUAAUAAGAAAAAAAGAAGAUUCUGUAAAAAUAUCUCCUUUGCACUUGUUAUUGUAAAGUUCAUCUUGUUUAACAGUAAGAAAAUUUUAUGUUUUAGAAAUGGAGACUGGUUUACAAUUUGUAUGUUUCCCAGUUCUAUUCCCUAACUCUUCCUGUUCUCUCAGAAACCAUUUCUAGAGUUCUCUAGUUCCCGUGAGCUGCUAAGAAAGAUGGAAAUGUCAUUUAGGCUUAAAUUUUGUUUUCACUAAAAAGAUUGUAAAAACUGGAAAACAGUGGUUUUUAAGAGCCAAAGAACUACAGAAUCACCUCCUUUUGAAACUUGAGUUGAAAAAGAAAGACAUUAUACCCCUUCUCCACUACAGCCAGUACUCAGUAAAGCAGAUAAUAUACAUCCCAAAAGAACUUUGAGAUAUAUUUUAUAUGUUAAUUUUAUUAUUGAGUUAUAGUAAAAGAGCCAAUCUUCUAAGCAUAAUAUGAAUACAUAUUACAUAUAUGUAAGAAUUGUGUUUUACAUUUUCCUUGACAACUGUUUGUUUUAUUUGUUUAGAAAUGUCUGCAACUUUGGACAAAAGCAAUAAAACAUUUAAUAAAUGUU